AACUCUGUGUCAGGGCUCGGCCUCUUAGAGCGUCCCGCUCCUCCUCCCUCCGGAACAUGGUCUGGGGCUGUGGGCACCUGGGCCGCCGGAGCCUCGCUGUCCUGGGAACCACCUGGGCCAAGCGCGCUGUGGGUUCAGCCCUGCUGGGAGCUUCUUGUCAACAUACUGACUUCAGAAAGUGUCAGAUAAUUGAACAGGACAACAUGAAGGUUGAAUUACUGCCAGCCCUAACUGAUAAUUACAUGUACCUGAUCAUUGAUGAAGAUACCAAGGAAGCAGCCAUCGUGGAUCCAGUACAACCCCAGAAGGUUGUGGAAACAGUAAAAAAACAUGGAGUGAAACUGACCACUGUUCUUACUACCCAUCACCACUGGGACCAUGCUGGAGGCAAUGAGAAGCUUGUUAAGAUGGAACGCGGCUUAAAAGUAUAUGGGGGAGAUGAUCGGGUUGGCGCCCUCACUCAAAAAGUGUCACACCUUACUACGCUACAGGUGGGAUCUCUCACUGUCAAAUGCCUGUCGACACCAUGCCACACCUCUGGACACAUCUGUUAUUUUGUGAGUAAGCCCAAUAGUUCAGAGCCACCUGCUGUUUUUACAGGUGAUACCUUAUUUGUAGCUGGUUGUGGGAAGUUCUAUGAAGGAACAGCAGAUGAAAUGUACAAAGCCCUGCUUGAAAUUUUGGGCCGUCUUCCUCCAGAAACGAAAGUAUACUGUGGUCAUGAGUACACCAUCAAUAACCUCAAGUUUGCACGUCAUGUUGAACCAAACAAUACUGCUAUUCAAGAAAAACUGGCCUGGGCUAAGACAAAAUAUGGCAUCGGAGAACCAACUGUACCAUCUACUAUUGCUGAGGAGUUUACAUACAACCCAUUCAUGAGAGUGAGGGAGAAGACAGUACAGCAGCAUGCUGGGGAGACCGACCCUGUGACAACCAUGAGGGCCAUCCGAAAGGAGAAGGAUAAUUUCAAGGUGCCCAAAGACUGAAGUUCACCACAGGCAUUAUUACAAUGCAAAUUUCUCCUGCUAAGUCCUUUUUACAGUAAUUUGGGUAUUCUGAUGUUUUAGGUAAUUAAUUUCUCUUAUUGUGGGAGAAUCAUUCUUGUUUGUGGUUUGUGUUUUAUUUCAAAAUUGUCUUUUAAAGCCCUUUGUUUCUUUUGCCAGACAUUCUGUGGCAUAUUUAUAAGAUAAAAAAUUUGAAGAAUAUUUAUUCAUAUAAUUUUUGCUUUCAGAUUCUAUAAAUUUCCAAUUGUGAUUCUGCAAGCAUGCUUCCCUAAGGGCUUAAGGGGAGAGGAGAUACUGCAAUGUGGCCAAUCCUAUGCUUUCAUGAAAUGUCUUAACCCUGGACACUGACCCCAACAAAAUGCCCCUGGCUUUGUCUGCAGCCCAACUAGGUUUCUGUGCUCUUUUCAACUCCUAAGCUUACAUUUACUCUCAGCAAGUCAGGCGGGACCCAAGGGAGACACUUGGCAUGGUUCUGAAGGGAGGAAGAAGGGUCUGGUCAGCAUUCCAGUUUGGACCCUUUUCCUUCAUUGCUCCUCUACAAAAGAAGUCUUCCUUGUUGCUUCGAGUUGAGCAGGCAUUUACAAUGGGUUCUCCUUUCCCAAUUCUUCACUUAGAGCCCCUUAAGAUAGCUUCUAAGACCAGAAGCUGAUGUUUGAAUUCAAAGUUUUACUGGAUUUUAUGCCAUUAGCUUCCAUGGCACAUGUGAGUAGUAACAUAAAACUGUAUAGGUUAUGUCCUUUGUACGGUUGGCAUCUCAUCCCAACCUGAAGAGGGCUUAGAGGGGGUGAAGUAGAACCUUCAAGAGAGUUCCCUGGGUUGAGGGGUUUGAAGAUUCAAAAGCUUGAAAACAGCCUGAAACACUUAACAUUGCUGUAUAUAGAAAUUCAACCCCGCAUCUCGACAGAUGCUUUGCUGUUUGCUCUACCUACUGACUUGACAUUAAUUGCCUCUUUCAGAAGGGGCCUCUGGCUCUAGACAGAUGCUUGCAAGUGUCUUCUGCCCACCCAAGAUUGUGUUAUCAUCAUUAAAUAUUAAGUGGCCUCCCCUGUUACUAUGUGAUAGCCCGAAGUCCCCAAGCAACCUGCAAUAUUUGUUAAGCCAAGGCUCAUUUUGAGUGGCAACAGGAACCAUUCUGGAGAGCAUGGAUAAAGAUUAUGUAUCUGGGAAGCUGAGCAAGGAUUAACUAGCAGAGUGGCAAGGAAUGCUUUAGAAGAGAAACUUCAUCCUUAUCCAGUCCGUGUAACUCGCGCUCACUCCAUCAUGGCUGCUGAGCUACCUGUAUCCAUCCUUUAUGGUCAGACUGUCACCCCUAAAACUGGUCUCUAUAACUGGUUUCUUCCAACUGUCAAGCAGCAUUUUAAGGUGUUCUUCCAGCUUUAGUGAUUCAUUUUGCUCUUAGAUGUGGCUGAAAACACGUUUACAGGUUUACCUGGGAAGGUUUUAUCAAAGGGACUUGAAAUUUCUUUGCUAUAGAGAUGUAGUUGUCCUCCGCAAUGAAUGCUCAAAGAGUCAGCCUUCUCCAACUCUGCUAAUUACAUUUCACUUCUAAAGUUCCAGUGUCUCUUUUAAUCAUUUGACCCAAGAUAUUGCUAUAGAGUGCUUCUGUUGGGGUACAUUAAUUCAGGGGGUAGGUUUUGAGCUCAGAGCUGGCAAGAUUUUCAUUGACAUUUCCAUUUUUUCCCCUAAGUUCCUAAGUGGGAGGAAAAGAGAUAAUUCAGGGUCUUCAAGCAUAGUAUGACAAUAAAGUAAUGAGACUAAUGUCUAUAAGUUACUAUGGAAAUUGGUCUUAUUUCUUUAUAGCUACACUCUGCAUUUUCACUCAAAAGACAAAUUGGGCUCAUAGCUACACCCCUGGGAGGCUGUCCUUUAGACUGCAUUGUUGAUGAGGGAGCUUUCCAGUAGGGUCAAAGCCAAAGCAGCAGAUGCUUACGUAUGGCUGCUUUGGAUGGCCUUUUUGGGUGAUUGGUGGGUUGUGGGUUUUUGUGGGGUCAUUACAGAAUGACUGGGGGUCCAGGGAGAAUUGGGUUGGCCUGAUUAGACUUUUUUCUCUUUGCCUUGCUAUGAGGGAGGAAAUGAUUCUGUUUCUGUCCCUGGUCCCCUUUUGUCUCUCCAUCCUCCAUUAAAACCAUUUUGACUCCUGGAUUAAUAGUGGUGACUGAACAGUGCAGCUGCAGAGGGCUUGCUUUGAUCCCUUUGCAGAAGUAAGGAGGAAGAAGAAAAUGAGGAAGACUAGAGUCAAAAGCUACAGAAGGUUCCCAGAGAGGAAGCCAAGUUUCAAUUCCAGAAUCGCGAUGGAAACAGUUGCUAAGUCUUACUUUUCAGAGAAAGGAACCUCUUUCCCUUUUGUUACUUGCCAUUCAAGGGUCCUUGGAUGUCACACAGCUUUGAGAAAAUUAUGCCCAAUGUGAAUUCUUGCCAUAUUCCUACUUGCUGAUGUGCUUUAGUGCCCAAGAAAGAAUAGGAACAUGAGUAACUGUUAACUUACUGCUGACCCAUUCUACAGCAAGGCAUUUCUGUCCUUGGCUAAUCUCAGUUGUGACUACUGUUACCAUUCAGCGGUAAUGCCUCCUGGGCCCUGACAAAACUCCAUUAGUCCCUGAACAGCUACAUUCCCCAGAUGGGGAUAGACUUGUAAGGUUACUACUUAUGUCCUAUUCAGAAAACAGCCAACCAAGAGCCCUAAUAAGCUGGGCGACUCCCCGUUGGGCUUUUCUGGAGGUGCUGAGGUGGGAUGAGGCGGUCUCCAUCCCGUAACUGCUCGUCAAAGGAGCACAGCCUCUUGGACAGUUUCGCAACCCGGUCUCCAGCUCACAGCCUGAAUUUCUAGUUACAGUUUCAUUUCUACAUUUGAAUUUAGGGGUUUGAAUCUUUUUUUAAAAUAAGUUUGGGUUUAAUUUUGUGAAAACUAGGCAGCCAUUGGCUUGCCCCUUUCAUGCUAUGCAAGGUAAUGAAGCCGGUGUGUAAGCCCAGCGGCCAUGGUGAAUCAGUGAGCCUGUGAAGGCUGGGUAUCCACAAUUCCUGCUGCUCCCUACUGGAGGGGAAGAUGGAACCUGUUGUCUGUUCUGCACUUUGAGCUCCUCAAAGAGAAGCACUGUGGAGUAUUAUUCUUGUUUCUGAAUUAAUUUUCUCUUCUGUGAUAUGUGUUGAAUAGGACUAGCGUGUAAUGGUUUCGCUAAUAAACCCUUCACUAUUGAAAACAA